CUCGACUUUUCUUGAAUAAGGACAAAGGGAGUGAGGUUAUAAAUUUCCUAUAAAAAACUGUCCCAAUAUUCAUGCAACCAGCACCACACAUACAUACAGCGUAUUCGUACUUUCCAAAUUUGUUGGAACCAGAGCCAUGCAUUUCUCACUAUACCCCUUCAUCUUCUCUCUCCUUCCCUUGUUUCUCUUCCUAGUUUUCCUUCUGAGAUGGCUCUCCAUCACCGCCCGACCACUGCACAAAAACCCACCGCCGUCUCCCCGAAAGCUCCCGUUGAUCGGAAACCUCCACCAAAUGGGCCCCUUCCCCCACCGCUCCCUUCACUCCCUCUCCCAAGCCCACGGCCCCUUAAUGCUCCUCCACUUCACUACUGCCCCUGUCCUAGUUGUCUCCUCCACCGCCGCCGCCCGUGACAUUUUGAAAACCCACGACCUUAUCUUCUCCAACCGACCCAAAUCGACCAUUGGCAAUAUAAUCUUGUACGGAGUGAAGGAUGUGGUUUUCAGCCCUUACGGCGAGUAUUGGAGGCAGAUGAAGAGCAUCUGCGUCCUCCAACUACUAAGCAACAAGCGAGUCCAAUCCUUCCGCGACGUUAGGGAGGAAGAGACGGCACUUAUGAUCGAGAAGAUUUCAAAUUCUGGUUCUAAUGUGGUGAAUUUGAGCAAACUAAUUGUGGAGUUGACAGCAAGCGUGGUGUGUAGGGCGGCAUUAGGGCGGAAAUACGACGGCGUUGGGGGCAGAGGAGGAGGGGCAAGAAGGGGGUUUAAAGAGGUUUUGGGGAAGGCUGCGGAGUUAUUUGGGGUUUUGGAUAUUGGAGAUUUUGUACCAUGGCUUAAGUGGGUGAAUAGAGUAAAUGGGUUGUAUGGGAGAGCGGAGAGACUUGCUAAGGAGUUGGAUGAAUUUUUUGAGGGUGUGGUGGAAGAGCAUGAGGGUAGAGAGAGAAAGGGAGGGCAGGAUUUUGUGGAUGUUUUGCUUGAGAUUCAGAGAGAAAAUGUGGAUGGGAUUCCUCUUCAAAGAGAUAGCAUCAAAGCUCUUAUUUUGGAUAUAUUUGUUGCUGGAACUGAUACCUCAUCCGCAACCAUAGAAUGGGUAAUGACAAAGCUCUUAAAACAUCCUCAAGCCAUGAAAAAACUCCAAGCCGAAGUUCGACUUAUAGCCCAACCCAAUCAAUUUGUAACCGAGGACGAUCUAGACCAAAUGCCUUACCUAAAAGCUGUGAUCAAGGAGACUCUACGCCUCCACCCUCCGCUUCCCCUUCUCGUACCUCGGGAGUCGACCAAAGACAUCCAAGUAAUGGGCUACGAUGUUACUGCCGAGACGCGCGUGAUCGUCAACGCUUGGUCGAUCGGGCGGGAUCCGGCAUCAUGGGAUGAGCCCGAGGAGUUUAGGCCCGAAAGGUUUUUGAACAACCAUUCGAUCGAUUUUAGAGGACACGAUUUCGAGUUGAUUCCGUUUGGAGCGGGGAGGAGGGGAUGCCCAGGGAUUCAGUUUGCGGCGGUGGUCAAUGAGCUGGCGGUUGCAAAUCUUGUGCACAAGUUUGAUUUUGCACUACCUGAUGGGGUGGAGUUGGAUGAGAGUGAAGUUUUUGGUUUGGCUGUUCAUAAAAAGUUGCCACUGCUUCUUUUUGCAACUCCUUUGUCUUGUUAAUUGAAGUACCAUGUGAAAGUACUUCAAGCUCCUAUUAUGGUAGUAUGCAUGAAACAAAUAUCUGUAUUUUCAUAAAAAGUUUUGCCUCUGCUUCUUGUUGCAACUCCUUUGUCUUGCUAAUUGGAGUACCAUGUGAAAGUACUUCAAGCUCUUAUUAUGGUAGUAUGCAUGCAUGAAACAUAUGUCUGUAUUUUCAUGAGUACGUAUUGGAUAUUAAUAAUAGUGAUACUGGGCCGACCCGAAACACAUUUUCCAGCACAGGCAGCAUUAGAUGUUAGUAGACCAGUAGUUAAACUACAAGCGGACUGUAAAUCCAUCUAUUUGAACCUGAGACUUUGCAUAGGUGCAAAAGUGUAUUGAGAAAAGGGUAACAUAUUAAAUUUAUGUGGAUAAAGGCA